AUUGUUGAUUAGAUUCCCGCGAGAGGAGAAAAGUCGGAUGGCGUGAUAAACGGAAUAAAUGUAAACACAUCGAAAGGGCAUGUUCCCCGAAGGACGGACGACCAUACGGACGUUGCAGAGGAUAACCAGAGACGUUUCCUUGGCAUGUCGAUAGAUCACCGGAUGGAUAUCGCGCGACGGAAUCGCACUACCCGCACUACCUGCCGUGCACGUUGAACCUGCGUGUUUCAACAUUGUGGGGUGCAAAGUAACGCGAUGUUCCACGGCUUUUUGACAGUAGCGUGAUCGACGAGGCAGUGGGAAAGAUGAGCCGCCCUAAAUGGGACGUGCUGUGGUCCCCCUUUCACUCGGACCGAUUUAUCACGUGGGACAGCGACGCGCUGUUGAAUCUCUACGAAAUCGGACCGCGCGAUAACAGCGUACGGGAGAACGAUCAAACUUAUCUUCAAAUCUCGGAGCACUCCGUCGCCGAGCUGGUCUGCUCCGUUACCAUCAACAGCUACGCGAGAUGCGUCGACGUGUAUCCGCAACCGGAGCCAGACAUUGUUGCCAGUGGCCACGCAAAUGGAAAGAUAGUUCUGAGCACUCUCAGCCCCCCGGAGUUCGAUUAUCAGGGCCUGAUUGGCAGAGAAUUUUUUCCUAAGUACAUGCGAUCGUGCAAUGUCGUUGCCUGGAAUCCAGUGGACACUCACCUGAUCAUGUCCGGUCUGGACAAACAUAGCAAAGAACAUUCUGUGUUGCUCUGGGACGUGCUGCAUUGUGCAAAAGGCUCGGAGAGACCGGUGAUAGAAGCCGGCAUAUCAGAAACUGUACAUUCCGCCGCUUGGUUUAAACACGAACCGAGAUGUCUGGCUCUCGGUGUCAAUAACAAACAGUUGAAAGUUAUUGAUUUUAGAGAUUCUGCAAAGGUGGUGAAUGUCACUCCGACGAAAGCGAUAUAUAAUUUGUCGGUAAAUCCUCACAAUAAUUAUCAACUACUUUCACAUGUUGACAAUCUAAUAACAAUUUGGGAUACUCGAUGUUUUGAGAAACCAAUUGUUACUAUAAUGCCGCAACGGCAAGUAACAAAGGUGCUAUGGUGUCCUACUAGACGAAAUCUAAUUGGCACAUUACAAAAAGACUCAGUUGGCUUGCAUCUAUUUGACAUUCAGUACUGUGGAGCAGAGGAUACCGAACCAGGUGUUUUGGAAAGAGUGGUUUUACCACCGUGGCAUAAUCCCAUAAGUUUUUCAUGGCAUCCAACCGAUGAGAACCGAUUGUUGGCAAUAUCGCUACAAGGCAUAACAGAUUACACUGUAUCUGAGAGAAUAACAUUAAAUUGGUCCGCGCGAUCAUGUCUCAUGUGGAAUUGUGCUUUUAAAUCAUUUAAAUACAUACACAGUGAGGAUAGCGUUUACAAGGAACUGGAUGAUAUUUCAGUUUUAACUAAAAGGCGUGCUAUGUUCGAAUAUGGCUUGCUUCCAGAAUUGACUCAUAAUGGCGAUAUAGCUGAGAACGAAACUUUAAAAAAUUUAUGGCAAUGGUUAUACCUAAGUCGCUCUUUAGUAGAAGACGGCACCAUACAGAGCCCCGAUAAUAAGCAUCCCGGUGUGAGGACAGUUAUGAAAUUAGAUCAGCAAAAUCCAGUCAAUGGUUUGAAAACGGAAGUGAUCCAUCGCCCAUGGACGGAUAUAGGUUCUGGUUACAUGACAAAAGUCUACAGAUCGCCGGACAGAGAAAGAAGUCUUUUUCUCUGUGGUUUGCGAUUUGACAGAGAGACCAAUACGGCAUAUGAUAAUGCAUACCUGGAAAAACUGGAGAAAGAAGGCGCGUAUGCGAAAGCAGCAGCAUUCGCGGUAUUUAAUCUCUGCCUGAGACAGGCUAUAGAUAUUUUAAACCGAGGUGCCAGCAAGAAACAAACGACUAUUCUGAAUAUGGUAGCUAUGGCACUAUCAGGUUUUUCUGAAGAGCGUACCACAUUAUGGAGAGAGUCAUGUCAGAAAUCUAAAUCCCAGUUGUCAGAUCCUUAUUUAAGAGCAACAUUUAGCUUCUUGACUGCAGAUAACGACUCCUAUGAAAGCGUGCUUAACGAAAAUGGUAUGGCUGUCGAAGAUCGAGUAGCAUUCGCUCUCAUGUUCUUAUCAGAUAAUAAGCUGCACGAAUAUUUAAAAAAACUAACCCAGAAGGUAAUUGAAGAUGGAGAUCUAGCGGGCUUCUUGGUUACAGGCGCAAGUAUGGAUGGUAUACAGUUAUUGAGUAAAUACUUGGAAAUUACCUCAGAUGUUCAGAGUUGUACUCUUAUCGCUAUCAGAACUUUUCCGCCUAAGCUACUUCAAGAGAAUCAAGUUCAAGUAUGGAUUACAAAUUACAGACAUCUCUUGAAUUCAUGGAAAUUGUGGUUUCAAAGAGCCAAAUUUGACAUUGCUAUGAGGUCCUCAACGCCACAGGAGAAACCGCCGCAACAGAUACAUGUAUCUUGUCAUUUCUGUGGCAAAAGCAUAUCGGCUUCCAUGCAAGGAUUGAGCAGAUCAAGGGUCCCAUUCGGCAGAUUAGGCAGUACUCCUAACAAAUUAAAGAUGACGGCGUGUCCGAAUUGCCGCAAACCUUUGCCGCGUUGCGCAAUAUGCUUAAUGCAUAUAGGCACCGUUAGCGGAUUGCAAACAGCUCCCAGUCCCGGUGGCACCAGGAACGAAGAAUGCAACGCGAAGCUUACGGAAUUCAAUAGUUGGUUUUCAUGGUGUCUAACAUGUAAACACGGUGGACACAGUGAACAUAUAGCUCAGUGGUUUCGACAACAUACUGAAUGCCCUGUAACAUCUUGCAAUUGUCGUUGCUCGUCUUUGGAUUACACACGAAACGCAACUGUGACAUAGUUUCGCAUGUUUGUAUACUUGUACUUAUCAGAUUUUAUGGAUCAAUUUUAUGUACAAACGAGAGGAAUGCAGGAGUUUGAAUGCUUUUAUUUUAUAUUACAGCAUUCCUUGUUAUUUUUAUGGUAAGGAUAUAUAUGCUAAACCAGUUAAUAGAAUGUAAAAAGAGGAGAAUGUAAGAAAAGAAACAGUAAACAAUUUGUACACUUAAA